AUGGACCCGCCCAACCCCAACCCCAACCCCCCCAACACAGCCGGGCCGCCGCCCUCCCCCUGGGCAGCAAAGUUCGGCCUCCCCCCAGGCGCAUGGCCGUCCCUCACGAGGCAGGGCCACUCCUCCAUGGCGCCGCACGUCCCCUACCUCGACCCGACGUGGUACGCGACCAACCCGCCCGCCAGCAUGCCGCCGAUCCCGCCGCCGCCGCGCCCGGACCUGCUGGACGACCUGUUCGCCGCCGAGCGCACGCAGCAGAGGUACCUCGGGGGGCUCAAGGCGUGGCAGGCCGGCGCGCUGGCCACGCCCCUGGCUAGGUGGGUGCCCGGCGGUCAUGAUCGGGAUGCGGGCCCGCCCGUCGUGGAUGCGCCUGCGGUCAUGAGGAUCGCGGCUGCGAGGGUGGAGGGUGGUGGGGUGGUGGAUGCGGCGGCGGUGGUGCUGGAUGGGGAUCUGUUGAGGGUGGAUGAGGGGCGGUGGUGUAAGGUGUUUCGGAGGGAGAGGUGGUUUGAUUUGGCGGCUGGGAUCGCGGAGGGGGUGCCGGAGCCGGUGGAUGGGGUUGCUGGGGACGGGGUGGUGUGGAGCGUGGAUUGUCCGGCUGUGUGGGAGGUUAUGAGGGUGUGUUUGGAGCUGGCGGAUCGGUUGGUUAAGGCUACUGCUGAGACGGGAUUCCUUGAUACGCUUCUCUUUGGGUUUACUAUGCAGGUGCCAUCGGGCGAAUGGACCAUCAACGGGAGGGCGCAGGAAGCCCAAGCCUCGGCCGCGGAGAUCCUGCAGGAGCUCGACAGGUUUGCGCCGCGGCUGGUCUUCUCGUUCAUCGACGAGGAGAACUCGCGGACGGACCUGUCGAACCACCACCCGGUCGGAGAGACGCGGCGGGUCCACGAUGAGGACUCCAAGUGGUUUGUCUACUCGGGUAUCCACGUCCGGUUCUUGAGGGUGCUGUUGUCUAAGGAGUCCACGCUCGCCGAGAAGACGCUUGCAAGGUUUGGGUUUGCUGUGACGGUUGUCCAUCAGCUUAUGCACGCUAUCUUCUACUGUCAAGAAAAAGAAAGGAUAAUCAACUUACUUGGCGAAUUUCCAAAGUCAGAAUGGUUUAUGGAGACAGAAUGGGUACGGGAACUAGGCUGCAGCUGGGAGAACAGCAUCUUCGGCGGCCAGGUGACGCUGCACCCAUCCUACGUCGACAAAAAGUCCGGCAGGGGCAACUUCAUGUUCGCUUCCAUACAGGACUGGCCGAACCCGGCAAUGGGGGACAUGAGCAAGGGACGAGAAGCGGGCGCAGAACUAGGCCGGAGGUACGUGUUCCCGGUCCCGACCUACUGGAUAUCCUGCCUUCUCGCGCAGGAGUACUGGGACCUGUGGGUCCCGAUGUACGGCGCGCAGGCGCUGCAGUUCCCCCGGAUGUUCCGGUCGAGGCGCAGCGACAUACGGGACCACUCGGCGCACCGGCUCCGGGUCAACUUCGGCGUGCGGGAGAUGCGGCCGGGCCUGCGCGACGCGGCCAAGGACUUCUUGGUGCGGAGGGCGCACUGGCGGCGCCUGCGGCCGUGGUACCGGGUCGAGCACCUCUACUGGGCAGUGUCGCCGUGGUCGGAUGUGCACUUCCGCGCCGCGCUCGAGCGCUUCUGGUACGCGUACCACGCCCGCGACGAGGUCGGCGGCCACAGGGCGUACCGGGAGGUCCGCGACGCGUCCCUGGCGCAGGGCUCCUUCAACCGCAACUGGUUCUGGCAGGGGGUCUCGAUGAUCAUGUCCCUGACCCUGCCGAUGCGGCAGACGGAGGCCCACGCGAACCUGGCCACGGCGCCGAGGCCGGGCGCGUGGAGGAGGAGCGGCGCGGCGGCGACCGCGGGGGUGCCCUGGGAGUUCGAUAAUCCUGCUUGUAACGUGGAGGGCGCGAGGUCGUACGUGCUGGAGACCAGGCACUUCGCGGGCGGGCGGGGCACCCGCAAGCACAUCCACACGCUCGGCAAGAAGUUCCUCGAGGAGGCGGAGCGCCUGUACCCCCUCAAUAUAGAGCUGACGCUGGGGGUGUGGCACUCGUGGGCGAGCAUCGGGCGGCAGAUGCGCACGCGCAACCUCGGCGAGGGAGACUGGCUCGAGUUCGACUUUGCGAUGCCGCUCUACGAAGGCAAGGAAAUGCACCUGCCAGUGCCUGCGGGGGUCAAUGGGCCCGAGAAGGAGUACGUGGAAUGGACGGGCGACCCGAAGCUGGAGAUGGAUAAGUACGACCUCAGCUCGGUGGACAGCAUCUCGGCCAAGGGGGAGGCUGUCGACGAAUACGACAGUGACCCCGGGGAGCCCGGCGUCAUGCCGGCGGCAAAUAUCGCAAAAUUUCAGGUCCUUGACAGCGCUCGGCCCGAGAGAUACUACACGGUCGGAGAGGUUAACGAUCAUCGAGCCCAGGACGACCUCUGGUUGCUCUGUGAUGAUGGCCAGUUUGGAUUCGACAUUUAUGAAGCCACAGGCAUAUGGGAUGCCAUGGUGGAAGAAGAUCCCCGCUAUCGUGAAGCCAUAUUGUGCGAGAAGACCCAGUAUGGCUGGAAAGUGAUCCACCCCGACCUCGAGUGGCGCGUCAAGGAGACGGCCAGGUUCCUUGGAAAGCUCAUGAAGCAAUCGAUAACGGAAGAAGAGGCCAGGGAGAUGGACGGCUUGAACAGCAGGCCCCUCUGGGUUGUGAUUGGGAGAAGGAUCUUCGAUGUGACAAGGUUCCCUUGCCGGAGGGGCUUGGAAAGAGCAUAUCUAUAUUUCCUGCAGAACCCAUCCAAGGUCAGCUCGCCCAACGCAUACAGGGAGUGGUUUUUGGAGAAUCUGGGAGACAGAGCUCCCGAGAUGCUUCGUGAGAUGGAACUCUACUGUUGCGGAACUAUUCGAUCGAGCCUGCGCAGGUCAGCCCGGGUACGACCAUUCACUGCCAAUGAGGUGGGCUGGCACAACAACAAAGAUCACCGCAUGUAUAUCAUCAUCCUAGAUGGUGUUUACGAUGUCACAGACUUCGAGGAUUUCCACCCGGGAGGCAGGAAGCUUCUCCAAGGGUCCGCUGGGAAAGAUGUGACCCAACAAUUUAGGGACAGUCAUCAAGAUUGGCAGGGAUGUCUAAAGACCUAUGAGCACCUGAAGAUCGGCCGGAUCGUGGAGGAGCGCGAGAGAACUUCGAUCAACCUCGGCGAGUUCGAGAUUAUGCUGGAAGACAAAGUCUAUAAUAUCCAAUCCUUGACAGUGACCAACGGAGCGGCUUACCAGGCCCUCCUGCGGUGGUUCGGGACAGAUUCAACGGCAGUUCUCAGGCAACAGCAACCUCGCUACUUGGUUUGGCUAGCGGAGCAACCGGAUCUCAUCGUGGCCAAAAUCGCGAGGCCGCUGAAGCCGCUCACUCGGGAUAUGCUGGCCUACCAUAAUGACUGCUCCCAGGCAGAGGAUGCCGGGCCUGAUCUGGCCUUUGUUGACCUUAGACUCAGCCUCGCCGAGUUUUUGGCCAGAAACAAUAAAUCCGACGUCCAGUCUGGCCGAGAACCUUGGGUGGGCGUCGACAACGACAUCUAUUGCGUUUCCGACCUCAUCAUCAAAGGCUCGUCCUGCGACAUGCCGACGGGGGUACCGGUCUGGGAGGCGUUGAGGAGUUACGCUGGGAAGAAUAUUACGGACCAGGUACUCGCACAGUGGAUCAGGGAUUACCACCAGUGCCGGAAGAUUGGGUAUCUGGUGGCCCCAGGAUCCUUGGCCAAGAAGUUCAUAUACAGUGAGGGUCACGGAGCAUAUCUAGCUCCCCAUGAGAGUCGGUACCAGAGGAAACGGAAAGGGGCGGACCUCUUUGACGACGGCGACGAGGGUGAUGACGGGCAUCUUGCCUCUAGACGACGAGACUAUGCCUGGUUUUAGCUAUGCCAGAUACUGUUUUCGAUAUAAGGGUUUGCCCU